AUGUAUAUAAAGCAGGUAAUUAGAUCCUAGAUCCACUUGCUUUUUAUUAGGAGCUGCGCUCUUCGUUCUUAUCUCUGCCGCUUCUCUCAACUGCCUUUGUCUUCAAUUAGGUCAUCAUAGAAGGAUUUAAGAGCUACAGGGAGCAAAUUGCCACAGAGCCAUUCAGUCCUAAAGUCAACUGCGUCGGUAAGUAUAUUCUUCAUUUCCUUCUGGAUAUUCUACAUUAUCUUCAUCUGUGCUUCCAUACUGAUACAUUGACGGGAUAUUUUUCUUUCUCCCAAUUUCCUAUUCAGUCGGAGCAAAUGGAUCAGGGAAGACAAACUUCUUUCAUGGUUAGAUGUUAUGCGGAAAAUUUGCUGAAAGCUUAUAUUUCCUAAUUGCGAUUAGUUUCUUUAUUUCACUGUCGGGAUAAUUGUAUGCAAUUUUUUUCCCUCUCAAACACAUAUUCGAACUGUGCUAACUAUUAUUAUUCUUCUCUUUCUUGUAAAUUCAAAUGCUACAGCCAUACGUUUUGUCUUAAGUGAUCUCUUCCAGAACCUACGAAGUGAAGAUCGUCACGCUCUUCUCCAUGUAUGGCUUAUUCACUUUGCUUUGUUGCUGUCAUUUUUCUGGUGCUUGGGGUGUGAAAUGAUACCUGAGUUGUGCAAUAAAUCAAUAAUCAGAUGGGUCCUGACUCCGACCUCUGAGGACAUGUGAAAAUUUACUUAGUAUUAUUCGGAGAGUUUAUUCUUUUUGAUUUUUCUUCUUGAUCAUACUUCAACCAGGAAGGUGCUGGCCAUCAAGUAGUGUCUGCAUUUGUUGAAAUAGUUUUUGACAAUUCAGAUAAUCGCAUUCCAGUAAGUUCCUUUUUCUUUCCUCUGUUUGAGAAAUCGAGAAUACUUCUUACUAUGAUGUACACUUUAAAUAUCAGGCAUCCUACUUCGUAUGAAUUGAAAUGUAACAUUCUCUUUAACAUGAACGAUGGAUAAGGUUUUGGUGAUUUGUCUGCUUCUACUAAUUGUUUCAGGUGGAUAAGGAAGAGGUCAGGUUGCGGAGGACAAUUGGUUUGAAGAAAGACGAGUAUUUUCUUGAUGGGAAGCAUAUCACGUAUGCAUGCUGGAAUAUCUUUAUAAAUUCAUGCUUCACUUUGGCUCUAUAAAUCCCAUUAUUUAUGAGAUUAUAUGCCUUGGCAGGAAAACAGAAGUUAUGAAUUUGUUGGAGAGUGCUGGUUUCUCUCGCUCUAAUCCAUACUAUGUGGUCCAACAAGGGAAGGUAAAGUAUGUUUCUUGAUUUGCCGAUAAUUAAUGGAAUUAUUUUAUUUUGUCUCUUGAUUUUCCAUUUUUUCUUGCAGUUUUUCUAGUUUCCCUUUAUUUUUCAUAUUUAACUGAUCAUAAGUAAAAAAAAAGUUUUUGUCAUAUGAAUGUCACUGUCUGAACAAUAUAUUUCCUAUUUUAAUAAUCUGACCGUUGCAGGGCCACCUCGAGACAUUUACAACAUUUAACUAGUCGUGAAUUGUGUCACAUGUACAAAAGGAAAAUGGAAAAAAUAAUAUUGAUUUUCCAUUAAUGCUUUGUAGAUAGCGUCAUUGACAUUAAUGAAAGACUCAGAGCGGCUGGACCUGCUGAAGGAAAUAGGUGGAACUCGUGUCUAUGAGGAGAGACGGCGUGAAAGUUUAAAAAUUAUGCAAGAAACCGGUACGAGUCUAAGUUUACAAAGCUAUAAACCUCUCAUAUAUUACCAUGCAUGAUCAUUUUGAUCACAGUGCUCCAUAUGCUGAUCAGGCAACAAAAGGAAGCAGAUAAUUCAAGUUGUUCAGUACUUGGAAGAAAGGCUUAGGGAGCUGGAUGAAGAAAAGGAGGAGUUGAAAAAAUACCAGCAGCUUGAUAAACAGCGAAGGUCACUAGAAUAUACAAUUUAUGACAAGGAACUUCAUGAUGCUAGGCAGAGGCUUGGAGAGGUCUGCUAUACUUGACAUUAUGUCGUAACUUCUUUUCAAUAAUUUUUUUCUCCGGCCGUUUUACGAAUUCUAAGCCAUUUAUCUCGUUUAUACUCAGAUGAUAACUCAUGGUAUCGGUUUAUAUGUGUAUUUGGUUGAAAUCUGAUGGGUCUGUGAUUGGGAUUUAGGAAUGGUCCUCGCACCUCACGAGGGAAGAAAAUCCUUAAUAAACUUUUGUUAUGUUGACCUUCAGGCACCGCAUUUUCUUUUGGCUUCUUCUAAGUUUCGGUGAUCCCUGGUGCCAAGGAAUCUGCGUGCUGUGUAUACCUCGACUUUUGCCUCUUCCAUUGCUCCCAAUCCCGUGUCAUCAUCCACUCUUUGACAAAAAUCUCCACAGUCUAUGCAACAUUGCAUUCCCACAAUUCAUGUCCCAAGGUCGCUCUACAGAACCAAUGCACGGGAUCAUUCUACAUUUAGUGAAUAUUGCAUAUCUUCCUGUUGGCACUUAUUUAACGGUAAACUUCACCACCGUCCUACCACUCCCCAAUGUUGUUGUUUAUCUGCUUCCUCUAUCCUCACAUUAGAUGACAGGAUACUAAUGCUAGCAUUUCUAUACUUUUUGAGAGAAAAGGAUAAUCCUCCACUACUGAUAGCAGCUGCAAGGAGCAUAUCGGCACUUUUUAUUGAACAAUUCCAUGACUGAAAGUACCCUUCAUAGUUAUUGAACAUUUCUUAUCUUAAUACCACUGUCAGAGUUUCUUUUUCCUGUUAUCUAAUCGAUUUGCUCUAGUUGUUAAUCUGGUAUCUCAAGGAACAUAUAAGCACUUAGAUUUUAUUGUCACAUUUACGUUUUAGGGAAUAUGUUUAUUCUUAACCCGCCAUUCUAUGCCAUUAGUGUCUCACUUUUUUGGAUCAUGUCACAGGUUGAAGAGGCUCGAAACAGGGUGUCAGAAAAAUCUGCCCAUAUGUAUAACAGUGUACUUGAAGCCCAUGAAGAAGUAAAAUCAUUGGAUAAGGAAAACAAAGUUAUCAUGAAAGACGUUCAAAACUUGCAUAAGGAGAAAGAGACAUUGGAUAAGAGGCGGACUGAAGCACUGGAAAUGCUUGCACAGAUAGAACUUGAUGUGAGGGACCUUGAAGACAAGAGAUCUUUCAAUCUUCGAGCCAAGGUCUGAUUCUCUCCUGUUACAGGUGUAAUUAAUUAUGAGUAGUUUCAUUGACCCAAUGAUGAAUGCAAAAUUAUUGUGUUGGUUUUUAGUAAGUUACGUGGAGUUGAUUCUGAUCUCAGGAAGAGGCUGAAAGACAAUUGAAGAGCCUGAGAAAAGAAAUUCAGGAAUCCAGAGACGAACUGAAUACAAUAAGACCCUCGCAUAAUGCCAAAGUGACGGAGGAGGAGGAAAUUUCAAAAAGGUACCUCCUGCAAUGCCUACUUUUCUUGCUAUCUCCAGCCUGUUGAAGUUUUAGCUUUUGAACGGGGUUUCACUUAUGAUUUGCUAAUGAGUAUCUAUGUUGACAAAAUUAGCAUCAUGGACCGUGAAAAGCAGCUCAGUAUUUUAUAUCAGAAACAAGGACGUGCAACCCAAUUUUCCAGUAAAGCUGAUAGAGAUAAAUGGCUUCAAAAGGAAAUUGAUGAUCUUCAGCGUAUUCUUUCCUCAAAUCUUUUGCAGGUAAGUUAUUCGUUUUGUACAUUAUAUGGCGCACUGUAUUGCUAUUAUCUCAGUUGAAAGUUGAACCUAAAGUAAGCCACACUGAAAAACUUCUUCCUAGCUUAGGUUAUUCUCAUUGCAUAAAGACAGGCCUUGGAACAGACUGUUUCCAUUGUGUGUUGCUAAAAGUCGAUUUUAUGUCGUCAGUCCUGAUCUCUUGCACCAGAUCAACCCUUUUAUUGGAGAAUGAGAAAGUUCAGUUUUGCUUCCAGUUCAACUAGGCAUGCUUUGCACCAAGUUCAGCAUGUUGAAUCCUCACAUGAGAUCGAAUCUUUUUAGUGUUGUGCUGUAUCAAUAAUGAGAAUAUUAUGUAGUCAUUGAAAACUUGAGCAGAAGCUGCUCAUAUCAUUAGCAACUAGGGUAAUUGAGUGCUUCAAAGUUUAAUUGCUUAAACUAAUACUCUUCUUGAAAAUAUUUAUAGUAGUGAAAAAUCUCAAGUGCAAUCUAUUGCUUGUGCAAGCAUGUACUGUAGUAGCUGGAUGGAGGAACGCCUCUAGAGACAAAAAUGAACCCCACUAAUAUUUAGUUACCUUUGGAGGCUCGACAGAAAACCGGGUGUGCAUGGAACUGUUAUUGCCUUGUUAUGCAUGUUGUUUUCUUAUUGAGUAAAAUAAUUCGUCACUAAAGUGAUUACUGUCAUACUUGAUUUUGUUAGAAGCUUGAUGGGCAUCUGUUGGCUUGUAUCAUUUUUGGUAACUGAUGGACAACUUUAUCAUUCCAUAUUGGGCUGUAAACCCAAUCAAGUAUACAUCACAGUUGUCUCGCUCUUUCUGUGUGCGUUUAAGUUGAGUGUUCCACAUCGUUGGUUUUGGAUUAAUGUUGGUUACUUUUUUCUAAGUCGGUUGAUCAUAAUCAAACUCAACAAUAUUAAUUCAUUUCCAACUCGGCCUCUGUAUGUUUUCUCAAUUCCUGUUUUGAAUGUAGUCACCAACUCAUCAUUUAUGGGCUAUUGCAGUAUUUAAGUGAUAUUUGGUUUCAAUUUAUUUAGGAAAAGAAGCUUCAAGAUGAGAUUCGACAGCUUAAAGAUGAAUUAAACCGACUAGAAUUUCACAUAAAAGAGCGAGGUGCUGAAUUGCAAAAGCAAAGUUCUCUCAUUUCCAAGGAUCAGGGAGAAUUCAGUGCUCUGAAAACGCAAAGGGAUGAACUCCAGGAAACUAGGAAGUAUGUCAAUCUUCUUUGUCCUUAAUGCAUAGCUUAAUGUUCUAUACUUAGUGCAUAGCUUUUUUCUAGGUCCCUGUGGAAGAAAGAAGGUGAUCUCACUGCUGAAAUUGAUAGACUUAAAGCAGACGUAUUGAAGGCACAAAAAAGCCUGGACCAUGCUACACCUGGAGUGAGUAUUUGUAUUAAUUCAUCCCUUUGGUAAAUUUAAUGGCCGCGCUGUGUCACCUUCAUAGAUUUUUUUUUUAAAAACCGGUGUUGUUCAACCGCUGUGUGAGCUUAUGUAGUUUUGGCUACUGUGUAAUUAGUUUUGAUGGAAUUCCCUUGAAUAUGUUUUCAGUACAUUUUUUUGAGAACAAUGCUCCAUAAAAAAAUGGAAUGUCAAUAUUUACUUGCAAUAGUAAUAAAUGAAAAUUCAAAAAUUAAAAUAAAUAAAAAUUGUAAAUAUAUGACAGAUAUACUGCAAGCAUGGGAUCAUUACCCAUGACACUUUUUGCUCUACCAUGAUUUUCUUAGGAUGUUACAUCUGGUUGGUCAAAUGGUACUGGAGCCAAUGUUCUCAGUGUGCAUUUAAACUCAAAUGAACGGUGAAGAACUCUUUUUGGUUAGUUUAUAUUUUUUUAAUAUCUCAUGUUAUUCCUUGUUUUCCUGUAUAGGAUAUAAGGAGAGGGCUGUCUUCGGUCAACAGAAUUAUAAAAGAUCACAAUAUUAAAGGUGUUUUUGGUCCAAUAUUGGAGUUGGUCGACUGUGAUGAGAAGUUUUUCACUGCCGUUGAGGUUACAGCUGGCAAUAGGUUUGAUGAUCUAAGUUUUAAGUCCUCUGAAUUGUAGAGCUUUGCUGUGUUUCUGAAAUGUUUGCUGUCUGUAAUGAUUGCCUUAUGAGAUGGUAUUCUGUGUACAGUUUAUUUCACGUGGUGGUGGAGACAGAUGUGAUAUCUACUAAGAUAAUUAGAUUUCUCACUUCAGAGAAAGGUGGACGUAUUACAUUCAUACCUCUGAAUAGGGUUAAAGCUCCUCAUGUGAAUUAUCCUCAUAGUUCUGAUGUGGUACCUCUGUUAAAGAAGCUGAACUUCUCCCAGGAGCAUGGUCCAGCAUUUUCACAGGUUGGUUAAAUUUCCAGUUCUGUGUCACUGAUAAUUUUUUGUUCAAUAUUAGAUGAUUGCCUACCAUGAUGUGGCACUGAUUGUCACUCUAUGCAUUAUUAUUUCAUUUACCUGAAGUUGAUUUAUAAUCAAUGCAACUCAUAGAUUGCUUUCUUUUUUUACUUUCAUUUACACGAAAAUUCUGAAUCAAACUCUUGGGGAUCAAAAUAUACAGUACUGUUCGAAUCAUUGCGAAGAAAGUCCAUGUGUAUCGACAGACACUCACAUCGGGGUACUGACCAAGUAUAUUGUGGCCUUCUUCAAUGCAAUUAGUUGGAAUCGUCUUUAUGGGCCUAUCUUUUCGUUCUUAUGCAGUUCAAGUUAUCAUCUCUCUUUCCACUUUUUGCGCUCCCAUCAGAAUUAUGAUUAUCAUUUUGGUUUUUAAUGCUCCCUUCUCUUUUGACAUUUUCCCAUGUAUUUAGAUGUACAGGGAACCUAUUUAUGAUGAGAUGAUCACGACUUUCUGAUGCAGCUAAGGUAGAUAUACAUGAUAUCCUCAGUCAUUAAUGGCAUUGAAGACACAUCCUACAACCUCGAAGAAAGAGCUUCAGUAUAAAAAAAAUUACAGUACUUACCCUUUCUUUUAGAAAGAGCAACCAAAAUUUAGAAUGUAGUCAAAAUAAAUUAAUAAAGCCAGAAAAAAACUUAAAAAACGCCAAUCUGUCUGUAAUCCCGUUUGUCAGAUCAUUUGUCUUACCGUGUGAUUUGAAAUGCUCUCUAAGCAACGGAUUUUGGCUCAUUUUCCAACGUGGAUUUGCCUCAGUCAUUGUUUUGUCUGGGCCUUUGGAUAGAGAGGCAGUACCGUGCCAAGCAUGGAAGGGACACCGCCAUGAUCAUGUGCCAGCAUGAUAGAGAGAUAUAUAUUCUCUGGCCCUUAGAUGUGGGGUUGGGAUGAUUUCUUGGAACCUCUAUGUGAUAAAGAUAAUAUUAUUUCCGCGCUGAUGAAAAAUUGAGUGUAUUCCUGCUUUAUGCAUACAUUACUUUCUCAAUCUUGAUGAUAAUUCAAAAUCUUACACGACCAAUUUACACUUUCACUUGUCGUUCCUUCAACUAUCGUUCCAACUACCCAUUUUUUAAUAAAAAGAAAAUGUCAAACGAAGUUCAUGUUUCUUUUGUAAACUUUUCGAAAUUUUUUCUUGACAUUUAAUGUCUGGGGGCAUUUCCAUGGAUUUAUGCUGAUCGUUAUUAGGAGAGAGAUUAUUGGAGGCCCAAUAGGCCCAAUAGGUACAUGGGUAAAUCUUUUUUGUUUUUUCUUUAUGACUAAUGUGAUGAACACUUUAGCUAAUCUUGAACACUUCCAGCUUUGUUUCUUUGAUUUUUUGGAUGUUGUGUUACUAGUCAAAAGUGGGAGCUUAUUUAUGAAACCAUAGUUGCAUGGUAUUUUCUAUAUUUCAGUAUUAUUUUAUUUUACUUCCUUUAACUGUUUACAUUGUUACUAGGUGUUUGGAAGGACAGUGAUAUGCCGUGACCUGGAUGUGGCAACGAAAGUUGCUCGAAGUGAUGGCCUUGACUGUAUUACUUUGGAAGGUAUGAAUUUUUAACUUUUUCAUUUUAUCUAGCUUUCUGAUUUUUGAAAAAAACCACCUCACUUUUGUCAUAUAUCAGGUGACCAAGUAAGCAAAAAAGGUGGUAUGACGGGGGGAUUCUAUGAUCUGAGACGAUCCAAGCUGAAGUAUGUGAAGAUUAUCAGGGAAAACAAGAUUAUGAUUCAUAAACGAACAGCUGAACUUGAACAGAUUGGAGACAACCUCCGGGAUAUCCUGACAACAUCUUUUUGUUUUAUUUUCCUCAUUUAUUUGAGUCUAUUUUGACGCUGUAAUAUUUCAUUUUUCUUCUUGGGAGCUCUCACCCUGGCCUGCUAUUUAAAAGCUUGAUGUUGUCACCUGUACUUGCAUGUGUCAAUGCCUUUAUUUAUUAAUAUUUCGGUGAAAGUUACUCAAUAUUAAUGUCAUGUUAUGAUUUUUUUUGCUUGUUUAGAUGUUUAAAACUCUGAGAGUCUGCAGCCGUAUUUUCAACUUGGCAUCAUUUGUCACAGUAUAGUAGGGAAUUUGGGAAUUACUGUUUCAUCAUAGUUUUACAGUUACAGUUGAAGCCCUUUCUAAUGACUUUUUAUGGUUAUUUUACUUUUUCAUAUUUGAAAAGAAGAGAAAUGAUUGAAAAUGCUGUGUUAAAGAACUCUGUCCGUGGCUGAAAAAAUACCCAAACCAACGUGAAUUAUCCAGGUUCGAACAUUCUAAUCUGCUUCCUAGUCAGGAGCUGUAAUCCCCCCUCUUCUAAUUCUGAUCUUUUUUGGAAUCUAGUCUUGACAUUCCCAGGUCCAUGCUUGAUUUGGCCAAUCAUGCCUUUGUCAUCUUGACCUUGGAGAUUAAAUGGUGGGAUUUUCAUCCUAUGCACUUUAAGCUAUUAGAUACUCACAAGUACAUAAGUUCUUUUGGAUACCGAAGAAAACACUAAACCAAUAGAUGGAAGUCUCCAUUGGUUCAUUAUUGCAUUUCGGUAUUAGUCUUAUUCGUUUUAAUUUGGAUGUUUAUUUAAUUUGUUAACUUUAUUGUUGAUUUCUCCUUCUACUUACAUGUAUCCCAGAGGUUAAUAGUCGUAGAGGUUCUGAUGACCUGUGAUGUUCGUAGUAGUUUCUACAGUUAUUUUGGGUUGUGCUAACCAGAGAUAAAAGUCAAAAGAAGGGUUUUAUGGAUACUUGCCGCUAUGUCAGUGAGCUAGUAGAUAUCCUACUAUUUGCGCAUGAUGAUAGGUCAGUGAGCUAGUCAUAAUGAUAUUCGGCAAAACAUGUACUUUAUCACAUAUUUCAGAGUGUUUGAAAAACAUUAACCGCUUUCAAAUUCCUGGUGAUUACCUUUUCUCAGAAGAUAUUUUGAAUCGUUUUAGCUAUAACCAUUGUCUCCCUACAAGCCGUAAUCCACUUUUGCCUCAUUUUACAGCGAACCCCUAAUGAGGGUAAAUGUCACAUCCGGAUGUUUUCUGAUGGUUUCAAUGGCAUACGGUGGGAGCUUCAAUUAUUCCCUAAAAGAGACAAAAUAAGAGAAUCUUCAUGCUGCUUGUGAUUUAUGUUUGUGUAAAUGUAGUCUCUGAGGUCAAUGAAAAGCUUCAGAUUUUUUGUGAAACGUUUCCUUAAUAUUUCACACAAAUAGAUCAGAAAAUUACUAGUCUGGUAUCAGAGCAACAAAAAUUGGAUGCUCAGCGUGGUCAUGCCAAAUCCGAAUUGGAGCAGCUUAAACAGGACAUUGCUAAUGCUUCUAAGCAGAAGAUGUCUAUUUCUAAGGCCCUUGAGAAUAAGGUAGUUAUCAUCUACCUAUUCUAUACCUGUGCCGUUGCACUCUUUGUCUGUCUGUCAUCGAUCGGACCACCUUUUUGCUAACAAUUGUCUGUUUAAAUACUUCUAUGUCCUUGUAGGAAAAAUUGCUUGGAAAUGCUCGUAAUCAAAUCGAUCAGCUUAGAGCUGGUAUUGCUAUGAAACAAGCUGAAAUGGGAACAGAACUUAUUGAUCAAUUAACUCUCGGGGAGAAAAAUCUUCUAUCUCGUCUAAAUCCCGAAAUUACAGAGCUCAAAGAGAAGCUUAUUGCCUGCAAAACAAGUCGAAUUGAGGUAUGCUGUAACUAUAGAUGCAAUCCCCUGUAAACUGGCCACCAAUCAUACCUUCACAUGCUACUGUUUUUCCAAUGAUUAAAUUAUAUUUCCAAUGAUUUUGAGUUGUGCCAACCUGUGAUACUGUUGUUUUAUAGAUUGAAACACGAAAAGAGGAGUUGGAAACUAAUUUGUCAACAAAUCUUGUGAGACGCGAGGAAGAGCUUGAAGCCAUAAAGUUGUCUGCAGAUUCUGACACAUUGCCAGAGGAAAUGGAAAGGAGAAGGCAGGAACUAAAGGAAGCUAAAGGAUCCGUUGACAGUCUCACUUAUCAGCUGAAAAGUCUGGGAUAUUUUAGAAUUUGUGUAUGGCUUGUAGUUCAGUGUAAUUAUUUCAACGUCUAAACUGAAAUGGUGUUCUGCAGGGGUUCUUGAGAACUUGGACAGCCUAAAAAGAAAACAAAGGGAGGUUAAGAAUUCUAUCGAAAAGAUGAAGGUACUCUUUUGACGCAGUUACAACUCUCUGUUUCUCCAUUUAUUGAUGCUCAUGACAUUCUUGUAAGCUGCGCAGAAUCAUGAGGCAAACUAUGAUCGCACACUUCAAGACGAGGCAAAAGAUUUGGAACAGUUGUUGAAUAAAAGGAACCUUCUUCUGUCAAAACAAGAGGACUACAUGAAGAAAAUCAGGGAAUUGGGCUCUCUGCCAUCGGAUGCCUUUGAAACGUAAGACCUCCCCUCUCAAAGCUCAUCAUGAUUAUGAUACAGUUGCAUAUUUUUCCGCAUUUAGAGUAGUCUAGUCAUGUUUAACGAUCCUAGCGGUCAGAACCAUCUCAACUAGAAUCGCUGUCCAUGCGCUGUCCAUAUGCCUUUUGGUGCCAAUCUAAGUCAGAUUAUCUCCCGUCAGAGUUCAUUUUCCUUUCGUUCAUUCAGGCAACCUUUUCACAUGCAUUAUCACCCCAUCUUGAACCUGAGAUACCUUUGAAUUCGUUGUGCAUCCCCUCACCCCCGCAACGUAAAGUUUACACUCUCUCAAACAGCCGUUCUGCCAAACAUUUGGUCAUAUCCUCCCAGCAUUCUUUGCAGAGCGUGGAUGGUAUACCUAUUUUUGUACUUUUCAAUGACAAAUGUUUAAUAGAUUCUGGAUGUUUUCAACCUUAUCAGAAAUAUGAAAAAGCUGCUUUGGCGCACAUCUAAGAAACACAUCUGCAACUGAAUCUGUCACAUUAUGAUUGCUGAUCCUGUAAAUCAUAUCUGAUCUUGCAUGUUCCGGAUGAAAAGGACGACUGCAUGAUUUAUGUCGUUGACUUUGUUGUGUGCCAGAGGAAUCAAAGUACUGAUCAUACUGUGAGCAUUUUUUCCGACUCUUGCUUUUUAUUUUAUUUUUUCUCUCUGUUCGUUCUUUUAGGUACAAGAGAAAAAGCAUAAAAGACUUGCAGAAGAUGCUUCAUAAGUGCAAUGAAGACCUGCAGCAGUUUAGCCAUGUCAACAAGAAAGCCCUCGACCAGUAUAUAAAUUUCACAGAGCAGCGUGAAGAGCUUCAGAAGAGACAGGCUGAGCUUGACGCUGGCGACGAGGUUUUCCCCUUUUGUUGCAGCUUCCCCAUCUUGAAGCAAUCAUGGUGAUAUGAAUUGUUGCUGUCCUAAGGUUUAUCUAUUCUAUUUUCACAGAAAAUUAGGGAACUUAUCACAGUUCUGGAUCAGCGGAAGGAUGAGUCAAUAGAGCGCACAUUCAAAGGUGUAGCAAGGCACUUUCGAGAAGCAUUUUCUGAGCUAGUUCAGGGCGGCCACGGCUAUUUGGUCAUGAUGAAAAAAAAGGUAGGCUACUAUGUUUUUAUUUUAUAAGAGUGGUACACAAAAUUAUGCUUCAUUUACAUGCAUCUGCUUGCCAUUUAUUUUAUUUUUUGAAUUUUCCAUCUGUCAGAAAUAUUAUGACCGCCUUUGUUUAGCAGAGAAUUGGUCUGUGUUUGAAGUGCAUUAAUGGUUAAGUAAUGAAUCGAGAAACCUUUUAGUCUAGCGUUCGAAUAAUCUUUUUCUCAUUGUUUAAUCUAAUGCUUCAUAAAAUUUGCGACUGACUUGUUGGAUCAAACCAAUGGCCACUGCCUUUAUUGUCAUUCCAACAAUCUUUAUCGCCCAUGAAAUCGGCUUUGUUACAGUGCCCAUAGAGUCCCUCCCCGGUAGUGUUCAUGGAUCGUUAGUAUCCAUCCUGUAUGUUUUACCAGAUUGAUUCUCUGCCACUUUCUUUGAUAUCAGGUAUGCUGUUUUCUUGUUUAUAUUCUUUGAUCAACAAUGGAAAAUCUACUGAUUUCACGGAUCAUAAUAAAUAUGCUCCCUUUAUUUUAGAAACCGAACCUCGACUGAAACAUUCUUGUCACCUUUUCUUCAAGGACGGCGAUAACGGUGAUGAUGAUCUCGAUGACGACGACGGUCCUCGUGAUCCGGAUCCCGAGGGAAGGGUGGAAAAAUAUAUAGGCGUUAAAGUGAAGGUACGUGUCAGUUGCUUGACGCACGCGCUUUGUUUCCUGUCUAUCUGGUGGUAGAGUUUUCUCGGCAUAUGUUUCAACUCCAAUUAUAGAACGUCGUAGUCGCAUUUGGAAUGCGAACGAUAUUUAUCUGAUUGACAUGUUGACCUGGUGAGCCACAGACAAAGAUUUGAUUUGACCUUCAGAUGAGAGCCCAUCUCCCAUCAUUCUUUCCUCCCUCUGACAUGCAUCGAAGCUCUUAGCCCGGUCGUUUGGUUCAGGGAGAAUUAGUCGUCUACUUGGCCCAUCUUUUGAAAUCGGGCCACGAUCAGAUCAUUCCAGUGCCUGGAGUCUUCUAUUGGAGCUCUACUAACUAAGUUCGUAGAACUCGCUUUAUCCUGCAACCUAAUCACGAGAUUGCCAUUUUCUCCCCCCCUUUAUUUUAACCGGAAAAAAGUACCUUGUUUGUUCGAACCAAUGUCUGAAGAAAAUUGAGUGAAUAAUAUCCCGCUGAUAUUCCUUCCAUUCACUGAUUUUCGGAGUCACCAGGUUUCCUUCACCGGGCAAGGAGAGACCCAGUCAAUGAAGCAGCUGUCCGGGGGCCAGAAAACGGUCGUAGCCCUGACUCUAAUCUUCGCCAUUCAGCGGUGCGAUCCCGCGCCUUUCUACCUCUUCGACGAGAUAGACGCUGCGUUGGAUCCACAGUACAGAACAGCCGUCGGAAGUAUCCUUCACGUUCCCGCGCUCUCUUUCUCGUUCUCCUACUGCCUUUGCGAUUUUAGUGAAACGAGAUGGAGGUCGACGACGACUUGCUCGCUUUUUUCUUUGAAAUACUGAUAGCUUCCUUGACUCGCGGAAAGAUAUGAUCCGCCGCCUCGCUGACGUCGCAAACACCCAGUUCAUCACGACCACGUUCCGCCCGGAGCUCGUGAAGGUCGCGGAUAAGAUAUACGGGGUGACCCACAAGAACCGGGUCAGCCACGUGAACGUGGUAUCCAAGGACGAAGCCCUGGACUUCAUCGAACGGGACCAGACUCACAACAACGAAUGA